UUUUCUGGUAAAAUAGUGUUGAAUAUGAGAGAUAUGAAAGAAUUUUUAUGUACACACUUUCGCGGAAAAUGAAGUCAAAUAUAUGGACUUUGAAUUCAAUUUCAAUUGAAGAAUUUAAUUGCUCCAAUUUCUAUAGAAAAAAUAUUGUUGAUUGACCACUAUGUCGGUGGAUUUAUAUUAUGCACCAAUGAGUUCACCAUGUAGGGCAGUUCUAUUAACAGCUGAGGCUAUUGGAUUUCCCUUGAACUUGAAAAAGCUUAAUUUGUUUGCUGGUGAACAUCAAACGCCAGAAUAUGAAGAGUUGAAUCCACAGAAAACGGUGCCGUUUAUUUUGGAUGGCGAUUAUAAGCUGACCGAAAGUCGAGCUAUUAUGUCAUAUCUGGUCGAUCAAUAUGGUAAAAAUGAUAGACUAAAUCCCCACACACCUAAUGAACGAGCUUUGGUCAAUCAAAGACUACAUUUUGAUAUUGGAACUCUGUACAAAGCUGCAAAGUAUUGUUAUUACCCAGUUGUCUUCAGAAAAAUGGAUUACGAUCCAGAACAAUAUAAAGAAUUGCAAAAUGCAUUCGAGAUCCUAGAUAAGUUAUUAGAAGGAAACGAUUAUGCAACAGGACGUAAUAUGACCAUCGCUGAUCUUGCUUUAGUUGCAACUGUAUCCACAGUAGAGACUUUCGAUUUUGAAGUUGGAAACUAUCCAAACGUUGCCAAAUGGUUGGAGAGGACCAAGUCGUCGGCGCCAGGAUAUCGAAAAGCCAAUGGCGAAGGUCUGAAGUUGAUGAGGAUGAAGUUUGAAGACCUGAAAAAGAAAUAAUUUGUUAGAAUAAAAUUACAAGCUGUGUCAUAGUAAAUUAAUAUUUAUCUAAUUUAAAAAAUUUAACGAUGUCCCUUUCGAUUACUUCCUUAUUUUGAAUCACCCAGUAUUGAAAUGUACAGAAGACUCUACUUGUUAGAAAUUCAAGAUGUAGUAGACAUCUAGUGGAGUAUAAGAACUUGAAGAGAAACACGUUGCUCGAUUUAUGAUACCAGGGGCGCCACACCGGAAUUCCAUCCCUUCUUGUCACAUCCUACUAUACCAACCCCUGUUGGCAUUCUAUCACAGGGCUCUUAUUGGUAGUACCAGGAAUUACCGUUACAAAUGUUUAUUAUUUUAAAAAGUGGAACUUUCAUGCAAAAAUAAAUAAAUAUAAAUAAUUUUUAAAUCACCCUAUUC